ACGCUGCCAUACAGUUGGCCAUCCCAGCCGGAAAUGAUGUCCAUGAUAUCGAUGAAACAUGUAAUCGUGUCAUCCUCUUCGCAAUAGAUGCAUAGGACGUGAUAGUUGUCGUUAUUGACAUAUUUAUUUAGAAGAAUAUUCUCUGACCCAAAAUGAAUCCUUCCAGAAGAAGCGAAAGUGAUUGGCAGGGACUGGUGAAUGAGUUCCUGGUAUGCAAGAGAAAACUGGAGAGUAAGAAGGAGGCACUGCUGAUCUUAUCAAAAGAACUGGACACCUGCCAGCAGGAAAGGGAUCAGUUCAAAUUGAUGGCAAACCAGCUCCGUGAGCGCCACCAAGGGCUGAAGAAAAAGUACAGAGAGCUAAUAGACGGUGACCCCUCUCUGCCUCCUGAAAAAAGAAAGCAAGUCAAUCUGGCACAGUUACUGAGAGACUCGAGAGAACAGAACAAACAGCUGAGUGACGAGGUUAAAGAACUGAACCAACGUUUAGCAGAAGUGCAGGGUGAUAACAAGCUGCUGAGGAUGAACAUUGCAAAGCAGCGUCUAGGGGACGAAGAGGUCGGGGCUCGUCACUUUCCAGCCCAUGAGAGAGAAGAUCUUGUUCACCAGUUAGAGAAAGCUCGAGAACAGAAUGAAGCACUGGAACAAAGCUUAAAAGCAGCCACAGAUGAACUUCAUGAUGUGAGAGCAGAGCGUAAUGUCUACCAGGAGAAAGCUCACAGACUAAAUCUGGAAAUUAACCACAUCUUGGGUAGCAAUGAGAACCGCAUCCUGGAUAUAGAUGCUCUUUGUAUGGAGAACAGAUAUCUGCAUGAACGGCUAAUGCAGCUUCAGGAGGAAGUCAGCCUCCUCAAAGCAAAUGUCAUGAAGUAUAAGAGUGCUUUGGAAAGCAAGAAGAACUGCAAAGUCUAUGGAAAGUCCAACAGCAGCGCUCUGACAGGUGUCCUCUCUGCUAAACAAGUACAAGAGUUGCUGCUGUCUGAGGAGAAUGGCUGCAGUCUCCCAGUCACUUCACAGUCCAUUAGUGACCUGAAGUCCCUGGCCACUGCUCUGCUGGAGACCAUCCAUGAGAAGAACAUGGUCAUUCAGCAUCAACGGCAAACCAACAAGAUCCUAGGUAACCGGGUUGCAGAACUAGAAAGGAAAUUGAAAACAUUAGAGGUGUCUGGGUUGUGGAGUCUGCCAGGCAUCACCUACAAUGUGUCUCUUGGACUAGGGAGAAGGAAAGCUGUUAUUGUCCUGAGUGACUCUCAGCAUGUCCAGUCCACCACAGAACAGUCUGUACAUCUAACACCAGAGUCAAUGGUAGGAGACGAAGAGAUUGUUACUGGAGAAGAGGUCACAGAGGACACUGGACUGGCCGUGGCAGUCGAGUUGAACCGAAAGGAUGAUUAUUUUACCUGCCCAUAUUCAGUCUCACAAACUCCACAAUUCAGUAAUCCAGCAGAAAGUGUCCAGCCUGUGGGGAGCACACAGUGUAAAACCCUUGCUUGUGGUGACUCUGAGAAGCCUGUGUGUCCUGCUGAGAGGGAAUCAGAAGAACAUAAUGAAGAUCUUGAAAGCCGGGGAUGUCAGUCUAUGAACACACAAGUGUCUUUGAAAGGUUCAGAAGUAGAGGCUGUGAAGAAUGAUGAUCCUGUUGUUCUUUGUGAGGAGGACUUUGAAAUUCAAUGUGUAUUAGAGGACAGUCUGCCUGUGGCAUCAGAUACAUUUGGCAGUUUGGACUGUAUUUCUGGACCUGAGCCGUGUACAACGGAACAGCAAACAGAGCAAUCGGUCGAAAAAGAAACAGUGGAGGCUUUCAGUCAUGAGAUCAUCAAGAAUCUCGAAUAAAAUCUUAGAUCUGAUGCCGCUAUGAUGACACUACCAGCAAGUUUAUUUUCUUUUUCUAGAGGUUAUUGUGAAAUCGUUUCAAAGACCCUUCUUCUUGUAUUUGGACUAUUUUAAACAUUUUCAUAAUUUAUUUCAAUAUUCUUGUAAAUUGUCUUUAUGAGUAAAACACAACAUGCAAUUCUUAAUCCACAUGGAUAAGGUAAAGGUUCUUUUUACUUGAUUUUUUAUUUUCUUUAAUACACUGAAUGUCAUUUCAACCAUUAUUAUUUGUUUCUUACAGAGUCACUAUAUUUAUUUAACUUAAAGCUGCAGUCCGACGUUUUUCCUCUUUGCCGCCAUCUCUGUUCAAAAUCUGCAAUUGCAGUCAUUCACAGAAUUAUCAACUUUACGCGAGUUCGAGUUGUAGUUCGACAUGGACACAUGUUUGAGUGUGUACAGUUUACGUUAUGUGUACAGAUGUAAUGAUGCAAAGACAUGCUCGAAUCUCCCGCGGAAAUCCACCAGUACCACUGGAAUUAAA